UGGAAAAACCUUUCGCCAAAAGUCAGCCCUUACCGUGCAUCACAGACUCCACACAGGUGAAAAACCCUAUGCAUGUAGUGAAUGUGGGAAAACCUUCUGUGACAAGUCAGGUAUCACUGUGCAUCAGAGAAUGCACACAGGGGAAAAACCCUACAAGUGUAGUAAAUGUUGGAGAGCAUUCCGUAUGAAGUCAGUCCUCACAAUCCAUCAGAGAACUCACACACGGGAAAAACCCUAUGAAUGUAAUGAAUGUGGAAAAUGCUUUGGCCAGAAGUCACACCUCAGGAACCAUCAGAAUGUUCACACAGGUGAGAAACCAUAUGAAUGUAAAGAAUGUAGAAAAACUUACUACUGCAAAUCAGCUCUCAAUGUACAUCAGAGAACUCACACUGGUCAGAAACCCUAUGAAUGCAGACAAUGUGGAAAAACCUUUGACCGGAGGUCAACCCUGACUAGACAUCAGAGAAUUCACACCGGUGAGAAACGCUAUGAAUGUAAUGAAUGUGGGAAAACCUUUGGCUGGAAGUCAAACCUCACUGUGCAUCAGGGUAUUCACAGAGGUGAGAAACCAUAUGAAUGUCAGGAAUGUAGAAAAACUUUCUACCGUAAUUCAGACCUCACCAGACAUCAAAGAACUCACACUGGUGAGAAACCAUAUGAAUGUGAUGAUUGUGGAAAAACUUUUUUCCAGAAGUCCACCCUCAGGAUGCAUCAGGAUAUUCACACAGAUGAGAAACCAUAUGAAUGUAAAGAAUGUAGAAAAACUUUCUCCUGUAAGUCAGUCCUCACUGUACAUCGAAGAACUCACACUGGUGAGAAACCCUAUGUAUGUAGUGAAUGUGGAAAAACCUUUGGCCGGAAGUCACACCUCAGCAGACAUCAGAGAAUUCACACAAGGGAGAAAUCUCAUAUGGGAGAGAGUGACCAUGUGAUCUCUAAAAACCAUUCUCUUUUCUUUGAAAUACACAUAUAACCUGCAUUUCUCAGUGUCCUAUUAUUGUGUGCAGGGCCAUGUAACGCUGAGGUCUGUCCAGGGGAAUAUGGACAGAAGUAAUGAACAUUUCUUCUAGGCCUGGCCACACAAAAAUACCUAUAUGGUCUUCCCUGGUUUUUCACACCAUGUGUGACUAAUGUUCAGAUAACCUCCAGAGUGGUCUUGGGGGCCAUCAGAUGGACAAGCUCAGUGUGAUUUAAGAAAUCUCCCUUUUAUACUUAGAUGAAUGAGAAAUAAAUACCUGCUCUGUUG